AUGGGAGCCAAGGCAUCUAAAUUAUCGAAGGAUGACCUCACAAGUCUGAGACAGUCAACAUAUUUCGACCGCAGAGAAAUUCAACAGUGGCACAAAGGAUUUCUGAGAGAUUGUCCAAGUGGGCAAUUGACGAGAGAAGAUUUCAUCAAAAUAUAUAAGCAAUUUUUUCCAUUCGGUUCCCCAGAAGAGUUUGCUACACACGUUUUCAGUGUAUUUGAUAAAGACAAUAGUGGAGUUGUUGAUUUCAAAGAGUUUAUUACUGUGCUGAGUACUACCUCCAGAGGCACAUUGGAGGAAAAACUGGUGUGGACAUUCCAGUUGUACGACCUGAAUCAUGAUGGGUACAUAACAUAUGAUGAAAUGCUGACUAUUGUAACAAGUAUAUAUAAGAUGAUUGGCUCGAUGGUCAAAUUAAGUGAUGAUGAGGCAACACCAGAACUGAGGGUUAAAAAAAUUUUUAGUAUUAUGGACAAGAAUGAGGAUGGGUACAUUACUUUAGAGGAAUUUAGAGAGGGUUCGAAAGUUGACCCCUCAAUCGUUAGCUCUUUAAAUCUGUACGACGGGCUAGUAUAA